AUGUACUGGCUAAAACCUACAGCACAUCUAUUAUUUUACUCAUUUGUCUUUGGAGGGACUACGUUUUACUCGUACGUUGCCUCACCAUUGGCCUUCAAAAGUCUGGAUAGAGAUGGGUUUUCUACGUUACAACACACAGUUUUCCCAUACUUUUUCCAGAUGCAAUCCUUUUCUCCCUUGAUCUUGGGUCUCACUGCGCCAAUGCCCCUUCAAAUGGGCCCAUUGGUGUCGCUAGCCGCUGCAUCAGUCAGCGGAUGCCUCAAUCUGUUUUGGUUAUUGCCUUGGACCCAAAGGGUCAAAGAACAGAGGAGAAAAGUGCAGCAGGAGCUAUCGGGAGAGGAACUCGAGGCCCGAGAUGGUCCUCUGCGCAAGGAGUUCGGUAAAUCCCAUGGAUUGAGUCUCCUUUUUAACUUAACAAACGUGAUCGGCAUGCUAGCAUACGGUUGCUUCCUGUCCAAGGGUUUACUGAAAUACGUGCCCAAGUAA